AUGCUAAGCCCAAAAAAAACUAAAUUUAGAAAACAACAUCGUGGACGAAUGAAAGGAAAUGCAUCUAAAGGAAAUACUAUAGCAUUUGGAGAAUACGCUUUACAAUCACUAGAUCCUGCAUGGCUAACAUCUAGACAAAUAGAAGCGACAAGAAGAACCAUUACAAGAUAUGUAAAAAGAGGAGGAAAACUGUGGAUAAGAGUUUUUCCAGACAAACCUGUUACAGCAAGACCAGCAGAAACAAGAAUGGGUUCAGGAAAAGGCGCACCUGAAUACUGGGUUGCUGUUAUAAAACCUGGACAUAUUUUAUUUGAAAUAGCUGGUGUAUCACAACAAGCGGCAAAACAAGCAAUGAAACUAGCAUCAUAUAAGCUUCCUGUAAAGACGAAAUUUAUUACAAAACUACAUAAUUAA